AUGAAGGAGGAAAAAACACCAGCUUCAACUGAAAAAUCAGAUAUGAUUAUCAAGGCAGUAUUACAACAUGUUACUGAAUUAUUAUUGCAAAACAAUCAAAUUCCGGAAAUGAGCAAUUACAAAAAAAAAAAAGAAUUUUGUGGUAUUGACGCAGACAAAUUAGAACUUUGGAAAGUAGAAAUACCGGAUGAGGAUGAAGAUACA